GAUGUUUUAAAAGAAAAAAAGCGAAUUGUAGAGAUCUUGAAAAGCAACGAAAUUAUGAAGGAUAAGAAGAUUGGCAUACAUAAAAACAUCAUUCGCUAUUUUCUACUGAUUCACGGAGACGAGAAAUUGUUUGAGGAGUAUUGUUUCCUCAGCGAAGAUGUCGAAGGGUAUAUCGAACGUCAAGUUGUUCUUCGUCAAUACACAAAUGUUUAUAAUACCCUUUCUGCGUUGUUAGAAGGAAGAAGUGAAUUUUUUCAAGAGAAAGGAGACAAGAGCGUUCAAUGUAGAAUUGGACAGAAAAUGCUUGAGAAGUUUUUUAAUGUGUUGUUCUGUGGUGACCGCAGUGGUGUUCUCUCGUUUCUUCAAGAUGUGGAAUUUGCACUCUUCCCAUCACUCUUUACAGCACUUUCUACAAUUGAGAACGAAGAUAGUAUGACAUUUAGCUUGAAUUUGUUGACUAAAAUCGAAGAACGUGGAGGGUUUGACGAGAAGCUGUGUUUGUAUGUCUUCUGGGAAUUAUUGCGGAAGAGUGACGAUAAGACCCUCCUUCAAUUUUUACAGAAGAAUGAGAUGCAUAUGGAGGGCGUUGUUUCUUUACCACCAAAAGGCGUGUUUGUGAAUCACAAACGAAGCUAUUUGUAUAUCAUGACUCAGAAAGCAAUGACCGAGGAAAUGAUACAAACAGGAAUUGAGUUGAUUUUGGAAGAAGGGAGUGCCAAAGACGCUGAAAAUUGUUUGCUUUGGUGCAACACAUUAGAUCAAACCAUAAAAGACCAAAUCAACGGUUUAACACUGAAAGAUGUUUACACUCAAAUUGUGAUGAAAAGUGCAAUUCAGGUAUUGCCACAAAACAUCAUAAUUGAUCUAGUAAAGAACUUUAAAAUACCGAUUUCGUUGGUGAUUGAUAUCCUCCCAGAGACUUGGGAGAGCACAAAUAUUGUUGAAAUGCUUACGGAAGCAAUUGUUGUACAUGGGAAAGAGGUGAGUAAGAUGAUGGGAGAGAUCGAGAAGACAAUUGAAAUAUCACAGUCGUCAUAUGAGUUUUCAAAAGAGAUGUUUUUGGUAGGCGAGUACUGCGACUUGUGUAAGAAACGAGUCAUAGAGUCUGACUGUGUGGUGUUUGGAUGUGGUCAUACCUUCCAUGUCAUUUGUAUAAAGAAUGAAUUUAUCAAAAACAAGACGCAAUAUGCACAGGUGCAUAAAGAUAGUGUUGAUGAUGAAUGUCCGUUAUGUGGGAUUCAUCAGAUAGACCUGAUCAGUCUUCCAUAUGAUAAAGAUGCACGAGACUGGGAAUUAUAA